AUGAAGAAACAAAGAAGAACCUACUCACAACUUAAUCUGUCUGAGGACCCAAAGAAGCAGCAAAAAACCCCUAAGGUCUCUGAAUGCUCCAUUUCAGUAACUGAACAGGAAAAAACCCACAUGAAAUUAAACCUUCAAAAUGUUUCUCUGGAUCAUCAAGAGGAAGAUAUGACCUACCAGAACAAAGAUUUACCAUCACCUCCAAAAAAGAUUACUGCUGAGAUCUUGACAAUAAUUUGUAUUGUUCUGAUGGCUUCUGUGUUAAAAACAAUAGUUCUUAUUUUCUCACAUAAUUGUAGUUGUCCAGAAGAAUGGUUUACAUAUUCCAACAGCUGUUAUUACAUUGGAAAGGAAACAAAAAUUUGGGAGGACAGUAUGAUGACCUGUGCGUCUAUGAACUCCAGUUUGCUUUAUAUAGAUGAUGAAGAAGAAAUGGUAGGAGAAGCAGAUCCUGGUCAGCAUAACUAUACUCAGAAGCACUUGAGCCAUGUAGAUUUAUCACCACCUCCAGAGAAGCUCAUUGCUGGCAUCCUGGGGAUUAUCUGUUUGGCAUUAAUAGUGACCAUGGUAACUAUAGUUAUUAUUCUUU